AUGUCAGGAAGUAAUAAAAAAAUAAUUGACGAAAAAGAAAUUAGCAUCUUAGUCGAAAAAUCAUUAAAAGAAACCGAAAAUUUUUCCGAAAUAGAAACAACAAAAAAAGAUUAUUUAGAAAAAGGUGGCAUAAUAUCAAGUCUUUUCCAACAAAUAAGCCAAGAAAAAGACCAAGAGAGAAAAAAAGAAAUAGAAGAAAAAUUAAAAGAACAAAAACCGGAAAAAGAACAAAAAAAAGAUAAAUUAGAUAUUUACCUAGAAGGAAAAAGAUUUCCGCUCGGUAAUCUUCACCCACUUACGCAAAUUAGUCAAGAGAUUUAUGGAGUUUUUUUACCACUUGGUUAUCAAAUUGUUGAAAGUGAUGAAAUAGAAAACGAAGAAUAUAAUUUUAAUAAAUUAAACAUGCCGCCCGAACACUCGGCUCGGGGCAUGCAUGAUACUUUUUACCUUAACGCUAAUUUACUGCUGCGUACUCAUACUUCUAAUACCCAAAUAAGGGUUCUGGAAAAUAAUCCUAAUCAGGAACUAAAAAUUAUCACGGCUGGCAAAGUUUAUCGGCGCGACGAAGACGAUGCUACUCAUACCCACCAAUUUACCCAAAUAGAAGGAUUUGUGGUUGGUUGCAAUAUUUCUUUUUCUCAUUUGAAAGGCACUCUAGAAUUAGUACUAAAAAAAUUGUUUGGAGAAAAUAAUCCUAUUCGUUUUCGCCCUUCUUACUUUCCUUUUACCGAACCGAGCGUAGAAGUAGAUGCUCUCUGUAUUCUUUGUCAAGGAAAAGGUUGUAAUAUCUGUAAAAAAACCGGCUGGGUCGAAAUAUUAGGAGCUGGUUUAAUCCACCCCCAAGUUUUAAAAAAUUGCGGUUAUGACAACCAAAAAUUUACUGGUUUUGCCUUUGGGCUAGGAGUAGAGCGAUUGUUAAUGAUAAAACACGGAAUUGAAGAUAUUCGCCACUUUUACCUAAAUGAUGUUCGAUUUUUAAAGCAAUUUAGAGUUAUGAGUUAA